AUGGAAAAGACAGUGAUCUCCAGCAAUCAAAGCAGGCUGGAGUUUCCCAAAUCCACGACAGAAGCCACAGCGACAUUCUCUGUUCUUGCCGACAGCUUCAUAGCUCGUGAUAUCAAGUUUGUCAACACCGCUGGACCAGAGAAGUUCCAAGCCAUUGCGUUCCACUCCAAAUCCAACCAAUCAGCCUUGUUUCGAUGUGCUUUUCACGGCUACAAGGAUACUCUCUACGCCCACGCAGGGGAAAAGCUUUACAGAGAAUGUGACAUAGUAGGGACGGUGGAUUUUAUCUUCGGGAACACCGCGGCAGUGUUUGAGAUGUGCUCCAUCCGUGCAAGAAGACCUCUCAUGCAACAGGUAGUGACGGUUACAGCUCAGGGGGCGGAUAACCAGGAGAAAUCUGGCUUCUCCAUCAUAAGGAGCAAGAUCUUGCGGUUCGAAGACGAAGAGUUCACGGCUGUUGCCUACUUAGGUCGUCCUUGGAAGAGCCACGCCACAGUGGUGGUUAUGGAAACCGAGCUUGGGGACUUGAUAGACCCUAAAGGGUGGGUUGCAUGGAAGCAGGGCCGUCUCAAACUUUAUACCGGCCCUCUCUCCAACGGGUUCUUGUUUCUCCAAACAAACCCUCCGGAGAUGCAACGGUUCAAUGCCGAGCAACAGUCACAUGCUUUACUCGGGACAGACCAACGUCACCACGGUCACUCUUCCCAACGUCUCCUGGAGAUCAAGCCGACACCGGCUCUGUUUCUCGAUAUCUCAGCAAAACUUGCUCGGCAUCCAUCCCUCGGGGAUCAAGGUGUCCAACCUUCGCUCCUUGUCUCAGUUAAAACCAAGCUUUCCCGAACAGCAGCUUAG